CUCCAACAAAAAUUCCUGGUAGCUAAGCAGCAGCCGGACAGCUUCUAACCACCAUGGAAGAAAGGAGUUUUCUGAAUAGAUGGAAUUUCAGGGCGAUACCAUCAUGCAUCUGUGGGUAGCCAUCCUGGGCCUCAUACUCCUUCUGACAGAUGGUGUAACGUCUUACCCACGAGUGACUGGAGUGGUGGGUCAGUCUGUCAGACUACCCUGCACCUAUGGUGGAGAAGUCACAAGCAUGUGCUGGGGCCGAGGGGCAUGUCCUUUAACUCGCUGCGGAAGUGACAUUAUCUGGACUAAUGGAUACAGUGUCACCUUUCAGAAGGACAAACGUUAUAAGCUAAAUGGAAACAUUGGUGGAGGGGAUGUGUCUUUGACCAUAGAGAAUGCAGCCCAGGCUGACAGUGGCUUGUAUUGUUGCCGUGUUGAGAAGAGAGGGUGGUUCAACGAUAUAAAAAUCACCCUAGACUUGAGUAUAAAGCCAGCUCCACCUACGACAACAAUAAUGACGACUACUACUCCAACAAUGACCACCACUACUACUACUCUUCCAACUACCACCACUACUACUACUACCACUCCACCAACUACCACCACUACUACUCCACCACCGAUGACGACCACUACUUCUCCACCACCAACGAUGACCACUACUACUCCACCACCAACUACCACCACUACUACUACUCCACCAACAACGAUCACCACUACUACUACUCUACCAACUACCACUACUACUACUCCACCAACAACUACUACUACUACUACUCCACCACCAAUGAUGACCACUACUGCUCUACCAACAACAAUGACGGUCACCACUGCUCCAAUGACAACGAGGGCCUCUACCUCUGCUCUUCCAGUGCCAGCACCCACAGAGAACCUCCAGCCAGUAGCUUCUUUAUCUUCUCCAACGCAGACAGCAGAAACCCAGCCUACCACACCGCAAGAAACAAAUAUAACCGGCUCACCAUCGCCCUCUUGCUCAACAGAUGGGUACGGCACUGUGACCCAGUCUCCAGAUGCCCUUUGGCAUAACAAUCAAACUCCUGUGACGCUGGCACAAGAUCCAUGGAUAAGCACCAAUAAGGGAGUCUACAUUGGAAUCUGUGUUACUGCCUUGGUAUUAUUGCUCACGUUUUUGGUUUUCACAAUUAGCAAAAGAUAUUUUUGCCUGGGUAACAAGGUGGAGCUACUACGUGUGAUUCCACUGAGGGACUCUCACAUUGGAGCUUUGAAAAAUGCAGCUCUGAAGCCUGUCCGAGCAGAAGACAAUAUCUACAUUAUUGAUGACCUUCAUUAAGUCAUGGAUCCAGUGGCCUUCUAAGGCGUUAUGCCCUUGACUGUGGAAGACAGUGACCAGAUAUCACUGUGCCAGAGUCCUUUCAUGAAGCAGGACAAUUUUUCGGUCAGUUUCCCAUGGCAUUCCAACCAGUCAGUGACAUUGGGUAGAGUGAGUCUAGCUCAUCUGUGUACAGUCAACCUCUGUAACAUUGUCCUAAUUUUUUAUACUAAAACUGGCUCAAUCUUUCUGGUCAUUGCAGAGCUCUCUCCAAAACAUGAAAUUUAUUCCUUAGAAUUGUACAUUCUCUUUAGACCCUAUGAAUCCUGUUUUCUAUCAAGAAUUCUCCUUGGGGAGACUGAAUAAACACUACUACCUCAGUUACCAAAGCUGUCAAGAAGAGCUGAAUACCACUUAAAAUCAGCAAAUCCAAUUUGGGACUUAAAGGACUUAACUUGGAAGCGUUUCAUGAUUGUAUUUUUUUUUAAUCAAGCAACUUCAAAUGUUAUAUUCCUUAGGGCCCCCAAGGGUUUCAAAUCAUGGGAGUGUACAGGUUUUUAUUUACGCAAUGGGAAAAUAGAAGUGAGUGUGACUUUGCCAUUAUAGGUAGAUCUGGUUUCUCAGAGCUCUGGAAAUAGAAGUGCUUUCCCUGGGACCAGGAUGGGUAUUUUAGCAGUUAGAAGAAGCUAGCGUAGUGAGUGGACCAUGGAGACACCAGGGGGAAGAAAAUCAAUUGCCAUAUGGUUUAUGCUGUUUCUGCUACAUCGGUGCCACAGUUCUAGGCACUUAUGUAGACAACUGGCAGACUCUCUGAUGUAAUUUUUAGAAUGAGGCAGGGCGGAAGUAAAAGGAAAAAAGAGGGGAAGGGAGUAGUAAAAGAGGCUUUCUGCCUUAGAAAAGCUAGUUUGCAAAUAUAAUAGUGUUGUUUGAGAGUGUUACCAGUUUCAACCGAAAUGCUAAAUUGUCCUCAAACCACUUUGAUUUUUUAAAUUGUUUUGGAAGGAUAAAGGGUCUUUUUCAUAUUGAAUCAAUUCCUGUGUUAUAUCUUUUUCACAGCCCAAUUAAAUUUUUGGUUUUUCCAGAAGAGUUAGACAAAGGCUAACGGUAAGGAUAUUUUUAGUCACUAGGAGCAUUUCUACAUGAACAGUUAACAAGACUGGAAAUUAAUUUCAAUUUGAGUAAACCCUGAAACAACUCAUGCUUGAGUUAUUUGGGAGGUGUUCAGAGCUACUCACACCGAAGUGGUCCAUGAGGGCUGGAUGCUUGUUUUUGAAGGCAACGUUUUUGACACUUCUGCGGAGUUCUGGGAAAAUAACAGGACCUCUGAAUAAAGGUUAUACGGGCAAAGAAGAUUGCUAAACAUUGUAUACUAGUUUUUGCAAGUGGGACCAGUCUGGUCUAGUUUAAAAAAUUAUGUUCCAACUACAGGGAUUUUUUUUUUUUAAAUCAAGACAACAUGCAUAACCAUAGAGAUUUCAAAUUAAUGUCAAGAUGUAUAACUUCUCCGGAAAGAGCUAACAGCAUCGGACUGCAUCCCUCUGCAGCCAGGGCCCCACUAGAUGGCACC